UCGAUCGAUCGAGUAAGCGCUCCCGACGACGAUCGAGAUGAUGGCGCGCAACCUGGCGACGUCGCUUCUGCUCGUCAUCGGCCUCGCUCUUCUGCUUCCGUCGUUCUGCGCGGCCGAACCGAUCAAGACCACGCCCACGCUGUGGAGCUUCCACAUCCCGCUGCCCAACGGCGUCAGCGGCGCCGAGAGCCUCGCCUUCGACCGCAGGGGCCAGGGGCCCUACGCCGGCGUCUCCGACGGCCGCAUUCUCAAGUGGGGCGGCACCGCCGUCGGCUGGACUACGUUCGCGCACAGCACCAACUACCGGAAGAUCCCCUUGUGCACGGCGUCCGUGGUGCCGUCGGAAGAGACAGAGAGCAUCUGCGGCCGCCCGCUGGGGCUGCAGUUUUACGCCAAGACCGGCGACCACUACAUUGCCGACGCAUACCUAGGGCUGAUGAAGGUCGGGCCGGACGGCGGCGAGGCCGAGGUUCUGGCGACGCAAGCGGAUGGCGUGCCGUUCCACUUCGUCAACGGCCUGGACGUCGAUCAGGCCACCGGUGAUGUCUACUUCACCGACAGCAGCACCACCUACCCGCGCAGGUUCAACACGGAGAUCAUGAUGAACGCCGACGCGACGGGGCGGCUGCUCAAGUACGACGCGCGGACCAAGCACGUCACCGUGCUCAAGGCUGGCCUGCCGUACCCGAACGGCGUCGCGGUCAGCGGCGACAGGACGCACGUGGUGGUGGCGCACACCGUGCCGUGCCAGGCGUUCAGGUACUGGCUCAAGGGGCCCCAGGCCGGGCAGUACGAGCUCCUGGCCGACCUGCCGGGGUACCCCGACAAUAUCAGGCGCGACUCCAUGGGAGGCUACUGGGUCGCGCUGAACCAGGAGAAGAUGCGGCUCAACGCCACGGCUCCCGUAAAGCACCUGGUUGGCGUCCGGCUCGGCGCAGACGGCGUGGAGCACGAGGAACUGACAGCGGCCAAGGGCGUGACGCUCAGCGACGUCGCGGAGAAGGACGGCCAGCUGUGGCUAGGGUCGGUGGAGCUCGACUAUGUUGGUCUCGUUCAUUAGAUUUCUUUACAUUAGUUAU